AUGGCCCUGGAUAAAAUGGAAGAUUUGACAGUGUCCCGAGCUGAGAUAAGUGAGGUGGAAGGUAUCCCCUUGACAAAAACAAUAUGCAGCAUAUGGGACCAAGUGUGGAAGUUCAAAGCCAGACCUGACGAUCUGCUCAUCGCAACCUAUGCAAAAGCAGGUACCACAUGGACACAGGAGAUAGUGGAUAUGAUUCACCAAAAUGGAGAUGUUGAGAAGUGUAGACGCGACACUACCUACAGGCGCCAUCCUUUCCUUGAGUGGUGUUUCCAAGAGUCUCCAGCUAUGAGUUACUCAGGCCUGGAGUUAGCGGAAGCUAUGCCUUCUCCAAGAACAAUAAAAACUCAUCUCCCUGUGCAGCUGGUGCCUCCCUCCUUCUGGGAACAAAAUUGUAAGAUAAUCUAUGUGGCGAGAAAUGCAAAAGACAACUUGGUGUCAUACUACCAUUUCCACAGGAUGAAUAAAGGAAUGCCUGACCCAGGAACCUGGGAGGAGUUCAUGGAGAAAUUCAUGACUGGAAAAG